CCCAGUUGUUUGAUACUUCGCUUGUUAGCCAAUUACUUGCACAAAACCGGAAGGUAUAUAACAUGUUAUUCCUUUCACCAUUCUACUUAUAAGAUAAUGUGACCGGGUACGGACACAACCGGCACGAGUCUGCCUCUAGGGUUUUGGAUUUGGGCCUCUUCAGCAAUCCGAGCUUCCAAGCAAGCAAUUGCGCUGAGAACUUUGAUGAAUUCACGGCGGUCAAGGUCCCUGAGGCCUGCUUCAUCUCAUUGCAAAUCCAUGGAAGUAGAGAUAGUAGAGCAGUCAUCAACAACAAGUGAUUCUUCUGUUAAGAACACGGUAUACUGCUGUGUUGCUAAAGGGAGCAGAAUUCUCUACUCUUAUAACAGCAAAGACCGGGAGCUGGAAGCCCUGGCUGCCCUCUGCCUUGAGAAUGCCCCGCCCUUCCACAGAUGGUACUUCCACACUGUUGGGUCAAGAACUUUUGGUUACUUGAUGGAAGGUGGAUGCACCUAUUUUGCCAUCGUCGAUCCUAGCUUGGGGAAUUUGGAGAUCCUUCGGUUCCUAAAGCACAUGAAAGAAGGGUUCAAGAGAGUCUCAAAGAAUGGUUUCCAUGGUGAAUUGGUGCCCAUCAUCCGCCAGUUGAUCGCCUCAUUGGAAAGAAUGCCUCGACCAACAAAUUCUGUUGAUGCGAGUUUGGAGGGGGCUGAGUCGGUCGAUGGUUCCUCUAUGUCUGGAAAGACCCCUCUACUUGGAAAUAACAAGCAUGAUAGGAGGAAGAUGAAGGAUAAAGAAGUUGAGAAUGAUGAAGUUUGUGAAGACCGUAGAAAUGAAGGGGUAAAGAUCCAUAUGCCACCAGAGCCGGCAUGCAGUUUGUCAUCACAGAAGAGCUCGAAUUUAAUGAGGGCUCAGACUCAGCAAAUUGGACAGAGGUCGUGGUGGCGAUAUGUGAAAGUAGUUGUUGCUGCUGACAUUAUCCUUUGCAUGAUUUUGUUUGGUGUUUGGUUGGCCGUCUGCAAGGGUUUCCAGUGUAUUUCAAGUAGUUAGUUAAUUAGAUUUGGAGAGCAAAGAUAGCGCUAGAAUUGGAAGCAAGCAACACUUUGUCAGAUGUAAUUCUGAAAUGUUUACUUACUUAAGAAGAGAUGGGCACAACAGAAUUAGGAAGAAAAAAUAGUUGGUAUUUCUUGUGGCAAGUUUUAGAAAGAAUGGAUUGAGAGAUUUACUUAGCAGUGUCAAGAUUAUUGAGAUUUUUAUAUGUUGUGUUUUUUUUUCUCUCUUUUAUGGGAGGUGUUAUGUCUGCAUUAUUGACUGUUAAUGCAUAUUUUUUUCAUGCUUUUGUUUUGUGCA